AUGUUAACAAGAUUCUGCCAAGGACGUGUAAAUCAACUUGGCGGCGUUUUCAUCAACGGACGACCUCUUCCAAACCACAUUCGUCUCAAAAUUGUUGAACUUGCGGCCGCUGGCGUUCGACCUUGCGUCAUUUCACGCCAACUUCGCGUUUCCCACGGUUGUGUUUCGAAAAUUCUCAAUCGAUAUCAGGAAACUGGAAGUAUCAGACCAGGAGUCAUUGGUGGCAGUAAACCUCGCGUAGCUACACCAGAAAUUGAAAACCGAAUCGAAGAAAUGAAAAAAGAAAAUCCGGGAAUUUUCUCAUGGGAAAUUCGUGAGCAACUAAUCAAAGAAGGAAUCUGUGAUAAGCAAACAGCGCCUUCUGUAAGCUCCAUUAGUCGACUACUGCGUCAGAAAAAUGGCGACGACAGCGAAAGCGAAGUUCACAACAGUUACACUAUUCAAGGAAUUCUCGGACAAUCUGAUGAAAGCGACACCGAAUCGGAACCUGGCAUUCAAUUAAAAAGAAAGCAAAGACGAUCACGCACAACUUUUAAUGGCGAACAACUUGAAGCUCUUGAACGUGCUUUUGCACGAACACAAUAUCCUGAUGUUUAUACACGCGAAGACUUAGCACAUUCAACAAAUUUGACGGAAGCACGCGUUCAAGUUUGGUUUUCUAAUCGACGCGCUCGUUUGCGGAAACAAAUGAAUUCACAACAAGUUCCUACAUUCAGUUCCAAUCUUUCGGCAUAUCCGACACAAUACGACACAUCACUCCAAAUCUCUUCACCACAAGUGUCGUUUCCAGCCCCAAUGCAAUCAUGGACGCAAAGUUAUACAAUGAAUAGCAGUCAACAAUCACCACAAUCAGCUUUCAAUCAUCUACCACCUCCGAUGGUUGCUAGUUCGGCUGCAUUGAGUCCCGCUUCAUUGAGUUCGAGCCCAGUACAUGGUGCAACGUCUUCUGCACCACCCACAACCUCAACCUCAUCGAUCUCAAGCAAUAAUAUGAACACAACAUAUAAUUAUUCAUCGAUCGCAGACACCCAAAGCAACAUUCCGAUUGGAACACAUAACCAUAUUAACUCCGCAACACCACCCACGCCUCCUGUCUCAGCGACUUAUCCAUUCUCAUACAGCAACUCAUUUGAACAACCACCACAAUGGCGAAGUGGAAUGAGCAUGCAAAGCAAGCCUACAAUGCCAGUUUCAGGAGCUGCUUUCGAAUGGGAUGCCUACAGUUCCUUUUUUGCUAGUAACAUGAACCAUUAUGGACAAGCAACACCAAAUGGACAUCCAACAUCUUUAUCGCCUUCAAAUGGUGACUCGAAAUCUUAUCAUGGUCUUGAAAUCAAUCGUGUUCAUUAA